AUGUGGAUAAAGUUUCAAUCCACUCUGGACCCUUGGCACCAUACUGGAUUUAAAGCACAUUUUGAGGCUGUGGAACCGCGUAAGUACAUUAUGAUUUUAUUUAUCAACAGACCAAUGAUUUUUAAGGCGUAAAGCUUGUUCGUUAGCUUGUUCAAUGUUUUUAAUUUGUCGUGAAAAAGUAGGAGCAAAUUGGGAUUUAUCGCUGAUCCUCGCUUGCCUGGUGCUUAGGUGCGCCUUCCACAUCAACUGUGGGGUUAAAUAGGUAAUUUCAGAGAUAGUUAUUAUUGGAAAAUGAAAGAGGAAAAGGCUUGAAGUACCACUGAUUAUAACAUCUCCAAGACUUUUUGUUCCUAAAGACACUUUUGCUCAAACUGCAAAUUACGACGGUAAGGUGUUAUGGAUAGUGACUAAAAAAAAUAAGUUUCUUGAAAUUUCUAGAAUGCCUAGUCACGCUGACAUGCAUACACGAACUUUCUACUGUCAGACUAUGGAAUUUUUGAGAACAAUAUAUUAGGUUAUGAAGUUAUGAUGUUAGACUUCUAAAACAGUUGUUUUGUAAGCUUUGGAAAUAUCCUAGAAUACUUUGUAAAUGUAUCUAUGGACUCAGUCGUUUAAUAUGAGUAGUUGUUCUUGUUGGGAGUGCCCGACUGUCUGGAAAGCUAUACUGAGAGAGAUAGAAGGAGAGAGAGAUACUGUGGAAGAUUGUUCAUUUAAAGAAGAUUUGGAGGCAGCCGUGAGUGUGUGUCAGUGGUAAACUAAGAUAUAGUCCAUAAUGGGCUCAAGUAAGUUUUUUAGAAGAUAACUGUUGUAAUACCCACAGGUGUCCCUUCUUAGUGAGAUCCAUUACACGUUGUUUAAUAAAGUAGCUGAGUUUGUAGGAGUAUAUAAUCUCUCUUUCGGUUAAAUUAUACCGUAGGAAAAAAACAUUUAAGUUUGGUUGUCUCGAAGUUUUCCUGUGUGACUGAAUUUAGUCCAUGGCCCUGGACCAAGACUGUUUCCAGAGUAUCUUUGUAUUCCUCUUUUCACUUUGAAUUUAUCAAAUAUGUGGUGAAUAACUUGAAUCACUGACGACGAUGUACCACUUCAUCAAAAAAUGAUACUUCGUUAUCACCUUUGGUAUCACCAGUCGGGCCGUAGUAUUCAUAUAAGUAUUUUAAAGCUCAAAAGGGUUUAAACUCUGUAGAGAGCCUGCCAAACACUUCCCUGAAAAAUGGUAGGUUAAUUUGUGUGAUGCAUCUUUCUUCCCAGCCGGAAGUUCCGAGGAAAGAUGUUUUCCGGGCAACAUUUACAACAACAACCUGAAAUUAUCUGGUUACAGUGGAACUCUUCAAAGCCCAGAGGGAGGGGAAGGGUAUCUCUCUCACUCCAGCUGUAAUUGGCUCAUAGCUGUACCAGAAGGGUGCUUUGUGAAACUCAGCUUCGACACUUUUCAAAUGGUUCAAGAUAGCAUCUCAGGAGGAUGUGAUGCAGAUUAUGUAGAAGUUGUCGAUGGGAAGUACAUCGAUGGUGAGAGCGAAGGAAAAAUGUGCGGUUCCGGUACCCCCAAUAACACCUCCUCUACCAGUCGUUACAUGAUGGUUCUUUUCAGGUCUGGUCCAAUCAGAUCAUCUUUCAGGGGAUUCAAAGCAACAUUUACAGCGCUUCAUGAACCAACAAGUAAGUGAAAGCAUUCCUAUUUCUUCGUUUUCGGGGAAGUCGGUGUCUCCCCUUAAACACCUUGCCGCUCAUUCGUAACAUCCCUCAUUUCCAAUCAGUCAAAGAAAUUUUGUCUCAAAACAUUUUGAAAUUAGGUGGUAGAAAAGGCAAGUUCAAGGCAAGCGUGAAAAGCGUUCUUCAUCACGACUGAUUUGACAGGGUGUUGUUUGACAAUACCUUAGAGGUUAUCAGCACAAGUGAAACAGAGUAAAUAAAACGAAAUUCUUAUGUACUACCCCAUCAAAAUAAAGUAUUUUGAAUUUGGUUGUGAUUUUUUAUGAUAUGUAAUUUCUGAAUGAUGACGCAAGAAUCAGGUAGAGUGGUCGAUAACUGACACAAUUUCAACUGGUUUUGAACUUGUGAUGAUCCACACGUAAGGCAUUCACGACUUGUUAAAGUAUGUUCUAAAAAUGGUAUCUCAUUAUGCCAAGCAUGGCUUUCCGAUGUCUUUUAGCCGCCAUCUUGCCAUAAAAAGUUACCUUUUUCACGUCAGAUUUUGAUAGACUCGGUGGAACAGCCCCACCUGAAUCUCUCCGAAGCCAAUUCCCCUUCCCCUUCCCCCGUGGGAUCACUUCAAGGAAUUUACUUAAGAUUGUUUUCUGACUCCUUAGCGAAAACUAAAGCUGUAAAUUCCAGCGAGUUAUGUUACCCGGAUAACGUCCACAACUUUGAUUUGAGGUUGACCGGAUCAGAAGGGAUUCUAGAGAGUCCGUUGACCUACUACCCACCGGGUUUAUUUUGUGAAUGGCUCAUCACUGUACCCGAGGGACAAAGCGUUGAACUCAUCUUCGAGAGAUUUCAGUUGGGUCCUGAUUGCAGAGAUUAUGUGGAAGUUGGAGAUGGAAUGCCAUUGUCUGGCACAUCUUUGGGAACAUACUGUGGAACUACAAUUCCCGAAAACGUUCGUUCAAGUCACCGUAAUCGUUAUAUGUGGGUUGAGUUCUACUCUGCCACAGAUUAUGCGGGUAGACACAGAGGAUUCAAAGCCACCUUCAAGGCCGUAUCAAGUUCAGGUUGUCUACCUUUGUUUUAAAAAUUAGAGGUUGAAUCUGUUGUAGCACGUGUCAUGCACCGUCAACACGACUAUCUUUUCAACGCCACGUGGAAACGACCCUUGCUUCAGAUAACUCUGCUUGUUUGACUUUUGUUUCUCUUUUUCUCUUUAGAGUCUCGUGCUUGGAUGACAGCCAUUAUUGUAACUGUCAUAGUGUUUGUUGCACUGAUAUUCCUUUCCGUUUGCUUGGCUGAACGAAUUAAAAGGCGAAACAGAGAGGCAGCGGAGAGGUUUCCAAUGGCUAUAGUAUCACGCCGUACUCCGUCUGAACCUGUUUCAACAAACGCAGAUAUACCACCCCCUGAUUACCCAUACCCGUUAGAAUCGCCACCACCCUACCCUGGUAAGGAACAGAUUCCACAGUUUCCACCUCCAGGACAGUCGUAUCCAUGGCAACAAAGUACACCGGCUGAAGAAUCCGUUACCCAUGAGAAUUCGUGA